AAAUUAUUUACCCUUCAAACUAGUGUUUAUCACUUGGAUCCAUAAAAACCAUAGUAGUGGUGAACAAUUAUUUUAUUCCUAUACCAUUUAGUUAGUUACAUCACAUCCGGAAUUCAGUCAACAAUCGGGACUGAGUACUUAGUGACUGACGAUUAGCUAAUUACUGGUCAUUACAUAAUAGAACUAAUGAAAUCAAUCAGUAACCAUCGAUUCAAUACGGAUUACAUAAUACUAUAUCGUUUAAUUGUUAUUAUUCUAUAUACAAUUUCAUCACAGAUUGGUUAUUUCUAUUUCUAUCCAAAUAAUAAUGAAGGUAUUCAACUAAUUCAAGUACUUUAUCUAUUGAAGUUCUUCACAUGUAUUACAAUGACUUUAAAUGCAAUCUACUUUAUAACUUCAAUACCAUUACAAUACUUUAAUCUUGAUCAUAUUCGUGGUUAUCAAUUCUUGGUUGUAUUCUCAUUUAAUUCGACAAUGAUGCUUUUCUACUGGAGUGCAUUCCUUUAUGAUCCCAAAAUGAUUUAUGAAAUUGAUGAAUUAAAAAAUAUGCCAUUAUGGUAUAAUCAUUUAUGUCAUUUAAUUCCACCAGUUGCUUUGGUUCUCGAUGCUUACCUAUGUCAUCCGAAAAUAGUCUCAUUCUAUAAUGCAUUAAAGAUUGAAUGUUUCAUUGGAAUCCUUUAUAAUAUCUUCAUAGAAACUGGAAUUCUUUUAUGGAAUACAUCACCAUAUCCACAAUUUCUUAAAUAUAAUCUACUACUUAGAUAUUUCAAUUAUACAAUCACUUGGUCUAUCUCUAUUGGAUUUAUAUUACUUGGUGAAAAAUUUGUUCAUUAUUUACAUAAAAGUAUAAAAAAGAAAAUAAAAGAAACAAAUUCACAUGAUGAUUUAAAAGAAAAAACAUUGAAAACGAAGAAAAAAUAAGAAAAAGAAAAGAGAUGAAAGAAAUACCAAAGUUGAAUAAAUCAUCAACACCCCCUUUAUCACCUU